GUUGUAGAUUCAAAUAGAAGCCAUUUUGAAUUGGAAUCCGACACCUUGGAAGCUGCAAACAAUGUUGUUGGUACUGAAAUGCUGGAAGACGCAUGGUGCGAAUUAUGUCCUGAGGUUGAGGUGGAACGGUUUGAGUGUUUGGAAAGCCAAAAAGAAACACGAGCAACAUUAAACGAUGAACAAGAACAAAUACCAGAUUUGAGUUUGACUGUUAAAGAUGUUGCAAUAUUUCAGAACCAAACAAGCAUGAGUAGAGUUGAAGGUCUAGCAUUGAUUCGAUCUCUAAAUGCAAAACAAUUUUCAGUCUUUUAUCAUAUUAGGCAGUGGUGCCUAGACAGAGCAAAUGGAAAGAAUCCCGAAUCUUUAAAAGUUUUUAUUACAGGUGGUGCAGGAACAGGUAAAAGUCACUUAAUUCGAGCCAUUGAAUAUGAAUCGAAAAGAAUCUUCUCACCAAUUUGUCAACAUCCUGAUAAUAUUUGUGUUGUGUUGACUGCACCCACAGGUAUUGCCGCAUAUAAUUUAAAAGCAACAACCAUUCACACAACAUUUUGUAUUGGAAAAGAUGUACGCUUACCGUAUACUCCUUUGGGUGAAGAGAAAUUAAAUACAUUGCGAGCAAAAUAUCGUGAUCUCCAGCUUCUUAUCAUAGAUGAAAUAUCAAUGGUAGAUCACAAUCUGUUAUCAUAUAUUCAUGGUAGAUUACAUCAAAUAAAACAAACAGGAGACUUUUCACCAUAUGGAAACAUUGGUGUUGUGGGAGUUGGCGAUUUCUUUCAAUUACCUCCAGUUAAAGGCAGAGCACUGUAUUGUGAUGGCGUAGCUCGUUCUCUCUGGUCAGAUUCAUUUAAGAUUGUAGAACUGACUGAAAUAGUUCGUCAAAAAGAUUCAGUGUUUUCCCAGCUGCUAAACCGGUUGAGGACUCGUUCCAAAGGAAUACCCAUGUUAGCGGAAGAUGUCCAAAUUUUAAAACGAUGUGAAACGGGGGAGCAAAGCUCAGCUUUACAUAUAUUUGCAACAAAUAAUCAAGUAAAUGACUACAAUAUGUCUCAAUUACUUAAAAACUGUCCUGAUUUUGUGUCAAUCGCGGCACAAGAUUAUGUGAAUGAUAAAAAAACAGGAAAACUCAAAUUGCUAGAAGGCAGUCACAUAAAAGCCUCAAAUACUUGUUUGACGGAACUGUUGCUAUUGGGUAAGAGUGCACGUGUUAUGUUGUGUAAGAAUGUGGACGUGAGUGAUGGGUUGGUCAAUGGUGUAUGUGGUACUGUAACCGAGAUUAUAAUGAAAGAAACAAAAAAAUUCCCUGAAAAGGUUUUUGUUCGUUUUGAUGAUGAUUUCUGGACCAACACCAGCAUCUGA